UCCCAAAUCCCAAACAUUGGGGGACUUGAGUGAAGUCUGUAUUGAGGCCUUCCCAGUUCUAGUUCCAGUUUCCAGGAAGUAAUUGCCAACGCGCAAAACCGUGUAGUUGGAAAGGAAGCUGGAGAUUGUGAAGUUAAACAAACCCCUUCUUCUUCUUCUUUUUCUAUGUCGGUCACCCUGCACACCAAUCUCGGCGACAUCAAGUGCGAGAUUGCCUGCGAUGAAGUCCCCAAGGCCUCUGAGAAUUUCCUAGCAUUAUGUGCUAGUGGUUACUAUGAUGGAACCAUUUUUCAUCGGAACAUCAAAGGGUUCAUGAUCCAGGGAGGAGAUCCUACAGGCACGGGCAAAGGAGGGACCAGCAUAUGGGGCAAGAAGUUCAAUGAUGAAAUUCGAGAAUCUCUUAAGCACAAUGCAAGGGGAAUCCUUUCAAUGGCAAAUAGUGGACCAAACACAAAUGGAAGCCAGUUCUUCAUCACUUACGCAAAACAACCUCACCUUAAUGGACUGUACACAGUCUUUGGACGCGUAAUCCAUGGAUUUGAAGUUCUUGACCUAAUGGAGAAAACGCAGGCAGGGCCAGGGGAUCGACCUCUUGCUGAGAUCAGGCUGAAUCGUGUAACAAUACAUGCAAAUCCUCUUGCUGGGUAGUCUUCCAUUGCAAUAAGACCUGCAAGGUUAGAACCAUUUUCUAGAAUCUGAAAUGUAUCCAAGUUUUUUUUUUUUUGUAUAAGAGGGAAAUAUUUCCUCUCCAUGAAUUAACAAACCCAAAUGGAGCGGUGAACCCCUUUUGAGUUCAGGAUGCUGUGUUUGGAUAGAAUGAAACGAGAGUGUUAGUUUUCUUGUGUUUGAUUGACAAGGAAAUUUUCUAUUCAAUUCAUGUUUGUUUUGGCGUUU